AUGGAAGCCAUCAAGUCGGCCCUCAACAUCGGCAGCAAGCCCGCCGCUGCUCCCCAGCCUACUUCUGAGCAAGUUUCUGAGCUCAAGGAGAAGUACGCCAAGGCCGAGCAGGGCCACGUCUUCACCUUCUACGACUCCCUCUCCAAGGAUGAGCAGGCUGCCCUUUACCAGCAGCUCUCCGGCUUCGACCCAGCCCACAUCAACGACAUUACCAACCGCGCACUGAACCCUCCCAAGACCGACGAUGCCGACUCUUCCUCCACACAAUCUGGCCUCGAGCCUCUUCCCGAGUCUGCUACAGCCAGUAUCCUCGAUUCUCAGCCUGAAGAUCUGGAAAAGUGGUACCAGUCUGGCCUUGAUCUCAUUGCUCAGAACAAGGUCGCCGUCGUCCUCAUGGCUGGCGGCCAGGGCACCCGUCUCGGCAGCUCUGCUCCCAAGGGCUGCUUCAACAUUGACCUGCCCAGCAACAAAUCCCUCUUCCAGAUUCAGGCUGAGCGCAUCCGCAAGGUCCAGGAGCUUGCCGCCGCCAAGGCUGGCGCUAGCACACCCGCCGUUGUCCCUUGGUAUGUCAUGACCUCGGGCCCUACGCGAGGUCCGACCCAGGAGUUCUUCGAGAAAAACAGCUACUUCGGUCUUGACAAGGCCAAUGUCGUCAUCUUUGAGCAAGGCGUCCUACCCUGCAUCUCUAACGAGGGCAAGAUCCUCCUCGAGAGCAAGGGCCGUGUUGCUGUGGCCCCUGACGGUAACGGUGGCCUCUACCAGGCCCUCGUCGUCUCCAACGUUCUGUCCGACAUGGGCUCCCGCGGUAUUGAGCACAUUCACGCCUACUGUGUCGACAACUGCCUUGUCAAGGUCGCCGAUCCCGUCUUCAUUGGCUUCUCGGCCGCUAAGAACGUUGACAUUGCCACAAAGGUCGUCCGCAAGCGCGCCGCCAACGAGUCUGUUGGACUCAUCCUCCAGAAGAACGGCAAGCCCGACGUGGUCGAGUACUCUGAGAUUGACGCCGCCACUGCCGAGGCAGAAGAUCCUCGCCAGAAGGGCCUUCUGAAGUUCCGCGCCGCCAACAUCGUCAACCACUACUACUCGGCUCGCUUCCUCGAGUCCAUCCCUCAGUGGGCUCACAAGCUGCCGCACCACGUCGCCCGCAAGAAGAUUCCCGCUGCUGACCUGUCCUCUGGCGAGACAGUCAAGCCCGAGAAGCCCAACGGCAUCAAGCUCGAGCAGUUUGUCUUCGACGUCUUCCCCAUGCUGCCUCUUGAUAAGUUUGCUUGCCUCGAGGUGAAGCGCGAGGAGGAGUUUUCCCCGCUCAAGAAUGCGCGCGGCACCGGUGAGGAUGACCCCGACACGAGCAAGGCGGAUAUUAUGGCCCAGGGCAAGCGCUGGGUCGAGGCUGCCGGCGCUACUGUCACCGGCGACAAGGCUUCUGACGGUAUUGAGGUGUCGCCGCUGAUCUCCUACGGUGGCGAGGGCCUCGAGUACGUCAAGGGCAAGGAGAUUGUUGCGCCAGCCGUUUUUGAGCGCGAGUAG